CUCUGUUAUCCACUUUGGAUUGGUUUCAGUGUACCAACUCUCGUCGGCUCGUGUGGGGUGUCGAACUUGUUCCCCCAGUCGCAAAAACAUUGAAGAAAAAAAACAGGUCCGUCUUUUUUGUUGUAUAUUUUAAAACGGGCAGUGCGUGUUUUUUUUACCGCGUCAACCUUGAGCGGGAGACGAGACACGACUGCGGUUGCAGCCACACCUGUUCUCCCUCUGUUCCGUGUUGGGAAUAGCUCUCCAGGAAAAAUAUCGAUUGGGUUCAAGUGAUGCCCCUUUUUUUGUGUGUAAUCUGUGCCUAGACGAUAUGGAUCUUUAUCAUUUUCUAUUCCAGUGAGAGACAACAAUAAGAAGAAAACAUACUUGUUUUGUUAGCGAAAGAGAGUGUCACGUACCAGAAAAGGCCAAAAUGUGUCGGAACAUCACGUUCGUCGCAGCUGUCAAUUCUUUAUUACAAACGGCAUUAUGUGUUUGUUUUGGCGUGAUAGCCAUGCUCAUGUACGAUUGCAAACUGACUCCUACGCCUAUUCAAAUGUCGGACUCUACCCAAAUUCCAAGUCCAUUGGUGACCUUUAGCAACAGUUUCUACCUUCAAUAUUUUCAUUCCAGGAAUAAUUGUAUCGCUCGGAAUGAUGAAUAUUGGAAAACAAUUAACGACACCCAGACAGGUGUCGUUACGAAAUCGUAUCAGGUGCAUGGAAUGUUUAUAGGUUACCUGGUCGAAAAUAGUUUAUGGUUCAUCUGCUCUAUUCUUCUGUUCUUCGGUGGUCUAAUCCAAUCGAAGUGGAUUUAUGUAACCUACGCAUCGACGCAGUUUACCGUCAUUCUAUACGACGUCAUCCUGAUAGUCAUAUUUGCCUUGGAUUUCAAAAGCUACAAAGAAUUUCAAGGCAAUCCGAACACACCGUGGAUAACUAAAGAAACAAUGCUUGUCAACAUCAUCGUGAUGCUGUUAAUCGUCUCGCGAUUUGCUGUCUUCUUGAUUGUCAACAUGACAUUCGCCUGUCUCGUUCAAGGAUUUAUCAACAGUUUACCUUCAUCCAAGAUGAAACACGUGAAAAGUCACAAUAAAAGGAAAAAUACUAGUCCGUCCCAACAUCGGCCUCCGCAACAAAACGGCCCGCAUCAACCACCGUACGAGCCGUAUCAGCAAGAACGUUUUCAACCGCAGCAUCUUUACCCGUCUGGUUAUAAAGCAUCUCGCUAUCCGGAUGUUGUCAGUCACCCAGGGAGAUUUGAUGACAGCAGUGAUGAGAUUAUUGUCAGUCCAGCAAUGCGGUACGGAUCACCGAGCAGGAAUUUACCAGCGGCUACGAAUUAUCGAGAGCCACGGAAUGUUGAUGCCGGUCGUCAACAGGCAGCCCUACCCCGGAUGCCGAGCAAAAGUCACGAAUCUGUCCAGCAUCCAUAUUCAUCAAAUAGGAACAACAGGAUGAGCGAUAGACGCCCGUCGCCGCCUAGGCAACGAUACCCACCGGAACGCCAUCCGUCCCCUGACAGCUACCGAUCCAAAAUGAGUUAUGAAGGGCCACCUGCCAAUUACUUUGACGACUCUGCCCGUAAACCGAGUUUCAACGUAAAACCUCAGUACAACGAAGAUCGAAGACGUCAGCAAACAGCAUCCGUAGGCAAUUUGCCACGACCGAAUGAAGCAGAAUCCUCACAGAAUGUUCGAUUUGCUGCCCCGAUGCGUCGCGAAUCGUUUGAUCGGUUUUCCAGCAGCUCAGAUCAGCUGAAAAAUCAACGUCCGUGGUCUUACAUUAGUCCCGAAGAAUUACCUUCCUCGCCCAAUAAACUCAAUCAGUUUUACAGCAGCAGGAAUGCAAUGAACGAAAGGGCAACUUCCCACGUGUUACCUGCAGUCGACGAGUACGAGCCAGACCAUCAGGCAUCAGUGAAACAGCAACGAAAACGUGAGUAUCACAAACGUUAUUCAGUUGAAUUGAGACAGCCCCUGCUAGUCCAACACGAAAGUGUUCAACAUCCACCGGUUCAGCAGUUUUACGAAAACGUAGAACCAUCAAUCAAGAAGAAUGUCCGAUUCAGUAAGCGUACACAAUCGCUGGAUUAUUUGGAGAAAACGUCAGCCGACAGUCCGGUCGUUAAGCGGAUCAAACAACAGAAAUCCAAAUCACCCAGCAAAGUCGAUGAGAAAAAGAAAAGAGGAACAAAGGACUUUAGCAGCAGUGGAGAAGAAAUUUGCACGGAUGAAUUCCUGCUUUUCGAUUACAAUCGUAGUUUCAAGAAAUCACAACAACAAAAUGUUGUAGCGGAUGCCAGCAAGAGAACCGUUUGUUAUCCAAACAAAAUGUUAACGGAUUUGAAAACAUCUCCUUCGUCUGCCAGUUCACCAAAUUUAGUGUUUGAUCCAGCCUCCAACACGGCACGGCUCGUGUACGGAGAACAACAACAACAGUCUAAUAAAUCCUUCAAAGUCCUUCAAAGCCCGCAGCAAAGAAAAGCCUAUCUUAACGAAACUUCCAUUUAGAGAACAUGACACGUCUGGCUAAAAUAACGGUCUUUUUCUCACGCUGUUUCUUUAAGAAAAAGAAACGUGCAGGUGUUUGAUGAACUUUUUUCUUGAAAAAGUUCCCUUGCUAGGGGGCUGAGAAUUAACAGCAGUAUUUCACACGGUCUCAACGAAAUCGCCAUUCCUUUCCCCACAAAUUUUAUCUAAAGAAAAAUUUAAGAUUUAGUCAUUUUAUAGUUACUACGAUUUAUUGUGUUCAAAGAAA